AUGGUGUGUGACCUGCAGGUGUGUGACUACCCGGGCCCAUCAGAACCACUGGCGCGCGUCUGCGAAGAACGAUCACUGCAAAGUGACUAUUUUAAAUGCAAUGAAGAAGCUAGGAUCUUUCUUAAGGACAUGGCUAUAGCUGUCAAGAAAUUGGAAGAAAUGAGAAAAGACACCAUUGAACUUCUGGAAAUUGAAAGCAUGGAACUCAGCAGACUGUAUUUUCUAUUGGAAACUCUUCCUAGUAACAUUAGCACAGAACUGGAAGAAUUUGUCACUGAUGCUCGCAGAUUAAACCUUCUUGAGAUAAAACAGUUACAAAGGAAAAUUACAAGGAUAAAUAAUAAAAUAGAGUUUCUGAAGACGAGAGUACUUGAGCUGAAAGAAAAUAAUCAAACCCUGGGUAAAAAGCAAGAGGUGCUGGCAAAGGAGUAUGAAAAGAUUGUCCUGUUGUUCAACCACAUGAUGGGACAAAAAGCUGCAACCACUAUCUUCAUCAAUGAGACUUUCACCAAAAUAAACUUGGAGAAAGAAGAGCUAGAGCUUCACAAGAAAUAUAUUCGAGACGUGGAGGAGGAAAUAGAAAAAGAAAGACUAGAGUAUUUGAAAAGAAAACAAAGGCUGAGUGAAGAGAUUAAUAAAUAUGAACAACUCUGUGAAUUUAAGAAACAGGACGCUUAUCACAAGAAGAGAGAGUUGGAUAAAUUAAGGCUUAAAGAGAUAAAAGUGAAAGAUAGAGUUACUACCAACACAGUGAUAAUUAGUGAUCACACUGCAGAGAUAACAGAACUGCAAGAAGUAGUAAGACACUGGGAACAACAGCUCAAAGAAAUAAAGAAAUCCUGUAGUAACCUGGAGAAUAAAAUAGAUUUUUUUAAGAAGAGCAAGAUCAAACUGGAAGAUAUGUCUAAUAUUGAAAAAAAUGAAUUCUUGAUGAAGAUAAAGGAGGUGGCUGAAAUGCUGCACAAAGCUCACUUAGAGAACAAAACUCUACAGGACAAACUGCACACUCUUAGCAGACAGUAUAAGAUUGUCCUACAGGAGGAAGAGCAGGUUUUCGCGCAGAAGAAGAAGCUGCAGGAUGAAAAUCAUAAACAACUGACAUUUAUUGCUCAGAAAGAAAAGUUCCUAUCACAAAGAAAAGUAGACAUCAAAAACAUGGAAGAAGGACUUGUCACACUUACUGAACUUCAUCGAGCAACAAAGGAAGUCUAUCGGAAGAACGUAAGAAUCCUGAAUGAAAACCUGGAAAGAGAAACUCAGAGAUGUAUUAUAACUCAGUGGAAAAUAGCUUGUUUGCUAAAGAAACGUACACGUUGGCUGGGCGGGAUAAGAAGCAACUUACAAGAAGUUAUGGAUAAAAUUGAGGCUGUAGAAUCUAGACGCCAGCAGUUACUAGACGAGACCAGUUUUAGGAAAAAAGAGAUCGUUGACUAUUUGGCACAAAUUGACGAAGUUACAUUAGAAUUAAAACAUGUGGAGACGAACUUUAUCGUUAAGGAAAAACUGUUAAUUGAAGACUUGACCAAGUAUGAGGAAAAAUUUGUUAAGGAAGUGGAAAGUACCAAAAUAAAAGAAGAUGAACUAGUCAAGUGCCUCCCCCUCCUUCAGGUGGCAGAAGAAGCCUGUAAGAGCAAACACAGAGAGCUUGAGGAGCUCAACAGUAUUCUCACAGCACAAAAGCAGGAACAGAAUUUACUGAACGAUUAUAUUUCUCAAAUGACAAGAGACUUUUCAAGAUACUUGAACAACAUGGAUAAAUUGAAGCAAGAAUUACAACAAUUACAAGAUCAAGAAAGCGAUAAAACCAAAAGUCAUUUUGAAAUUCUAAAGAACUUGGAAAAUGAAAUCUACACACAUGACCUAAUAGCAGAAGCCAUACUCCUGGAAAACAGACGGUUAAAAGAGUAUAUUGUGUACAUAAAGAGCAGGACAGAAGAAUACACACAGGGAGGAGAAGCCAUGGUGCACAUCUCCAGUGACCUGUCUUGGCAGCUGGUGGCUCAUUGCGCACGCUAUUUGGAUUUGUGGGCAGAAUUUCAGGUCACCAUGAAGGAAUUUGUAAACGGUAGUGAAGAGACAUUGCAAGAAAUAAAAAAUCUAGUACAAAAGCUGAAUGAAAGAGAUGAGAAAAUUGAGCGUAUCAGUAUUUGGUUACAAGGGAAUCUUGCAGAAUUGCGUUUUCUAUCCAAAAUGGACGUUCUUGCUGAUGAAACAUUUUGUGGGCUGGGGAAAACGGAGAAUUGCAGUAUGGAAAUAAAGGAAAUAAAGCAGAGGCACAGAGCGGGCCCGCAGGGCGGGCAGUCGCCCUCGCUUGCGUUGGGCGAAGGCUCAAAGGCAGGGGGACGCGGGAAGGGCUGCGGUGCAGAGGACCGGCUGCAGGUGCGCGCUGGCGGCUGGCGCCGGGGGCCGGCACCCGCUCACCUGAAGCAGGUGCCCGUGACCCAGCAGCGGCCCGUCCGCCUCCCCCUGGCCGGCCUGCGUCUGCGUUGCAUCCGUGGUUCACUGUGA